UUACAUGCGAAGGCAUAUAGACUGGUGGUCAUCGUUACGUUUUUGCAAUUGUACGGUGUGCAGAGAAAGAUCCAUAUAAAAAGACUUGACUUGUUUCAUAGUGCGGCAAUGUGGCUUUCAAAUAUACAUUGCUUGGCUAGCCCCAUAUUUAUAUCUGCAUCAAAUGUGAAUCAAAUUGAAUCUGCUCUUGGUCAAACACAAAUUCAAUCAGUCAGAUAUGGUCAAUGCCCACAUAUUUCCGAGCCGCCGUUAUCGCUUAUCCGCUCUCCGCGGCCUAGAGCCUCGGUUGUAUUUCGGCGCAUUCUGACUUAUCAGAGCGACGGCCAUGUGCAAAACUUUGAGCUGAUGCUCAGUACUCAGUACCAUUUCAGACUCGGAGCCGAAUGCAUUAAAUACUUAAAAAUCUAACUGGGAACAACAAUGACGACGUCCCCAAAGAUAAAAACUCUGAUUUCCGGUCGUGGGAUGUUGCGACUGCUGGGGAUAUUUGUGCUGUUUGCCGUUUCCGUGCCAGGCGCCACUUCUGACGCGGCCCCAAAAACCGCCAGCAGCGAAGGCAACGGCAACGUCAACGCCCUGGACCGUCUCCACGCGGGCCUCUUCAUCAACUACGACAAGCAUAGCCAGCCCUUGGACAAUGGCGACCCGUCUGCCGUCAACAUGAGUCUGACCAUCAACUUCAUCGACAUCGACGAGAUGAACGGCAAGAUGACGACCCACUGCUGGCUGAGUAUCCGCUGGACGGACGAGCGGCGCACGUGGCAGCCGCAGGAGUAUGAGAACAUUACGGCGAUCCAUUUGCGUGCCAGCGAGAUCUGGAAGCCGCAGAUUACGCUAUUCAAUGGUGCCGGCGAUGAGGACAGCUUCCUGGUGGACACUCAGGCGAUUCUCACCCACGACGGCCAAUUCCUGUGGGUGCCCCCGGCCGUGUACACGGCCUACUGCAACCUGAACAUGAUCAACUGGCCGCACGACGAGCAGACGUGCAAGCUGAAGAUCGGCUCCUGGGGCGUGCGCCACAUCAAUGCGGAUUACAACAAAAUGGAGAAGGGGCUGGACUACGAUGGCCUGAUGCAGUCCACCGAGUGGCAGAUUAUCUCUGGAGACACGAAAUUCGUGCCCCAGGACUACUACAGCUACCUGGAGUACACCCUGACGGCUCAGCGACGUUCCAACAUGUACACGGCCAUCAUUUACACGCCUGCCGCCUGCUUUGUGAUACUGGCACUAUCCGCCUUUUGGCUACCUCCUCACAUGGGAGGCGAGAAGAUCAUGAUCAACGGCCUCCUCAUGAUUGUGGUAUCCUCCUUCCUCAUGUACUUUGCCCAACUGCUUCCCGUGCUGGCCAACAAGACGCCGCUUGUGGUUGUGUUUUAUAGCUACACUCUGCUGCUGCUGGGCAUCUCCACCAUUGUGGAGGUGGGAGUGCUCUACUUGGCGACGGCCAAGCAUAAGCGACGCGUGCCAGACUGCCUCAAGAAGCUGCUCCACGGUAAAUUCGGCUCCUGGCUGUUUCUCUCGCACUUCAGCUCCGAGGCCGAGCAGCAGACGGACAAGAACAAGGAGAUGGACGAGCAUGUCUAUGACAACGCCGAUGGCGAUCCGUCCGAACCGCUGGACAUCAAUCCCUCGGAGGUACCCUCGUCCCGGGCCAUCCAAUUCGAAUGGGCCCUGCUGGCCACGGCCGUAGAUCGUGUCACUUUUGUGGCCUUCAGUCUGACCUUCCUCAUUCUGGCCAUUGUGUGCCAUGUCUAGGAUAUCCCAGCUCGCCUGGAUAGCUGUGAAAUCUGUGUAUCGUCUCUGUAUCUAUAUCUGUAUUUGCGUAUUUUUCUUGUAUUUGUAUUUACUAUAUCUCUAUGCUUGUGUGUGGGUGGUGAACUUAGUGAGCUUAGAAAUAUAUAAUGAUGAGACCUCUA